AUGUAUAGCAAUCUCAUCAGCUCUAGUCAAAUGACUCUAAAAAGGGAGUCUAGUAUUAAUUUGAUAGAGUAGAAUGAUAUGGUACUAAUUAUAGAGCCUAAAACAUUAUUCUAAUGUUUAUCAACAUUACUAUUUUAAACAGACAUAUAUCAAUAAUAAAUACAAACCUUAUGUUUAUAAUAAUUUAAAUAACAUCAUAAAACAUUGAAUAAUGUAAGUUCAUUGGCUGAAUACAUAAUAAAUUAAUAAUCUGAGCAGUUUGAAUAUGUAAAUAAUUUGUCAAUGAUAAUAGCUCAAUUUAGAGCUGAUCUCUUAGAUUUUUAAGGUGAAGAUUGAAUUGUACUUUAUUGAUGAUGGUCUUUUGUCUAUGAUAAUAAAUCAUGGAUAUGUUAGAACAAUAAGAAUAUUCAAAGAGGAUUAUAAUUAUUAUGAAUUAUAGACAAAUUCUUAUAGAAAGAAGUUUAAGUUUAUAAAGAAGAUAAUAGAUUAAACAAUUAAUUCAUUCUUAUAAAUUAACAAUACAGUCUAAUAUAAAAGACCUUUAUCAGAAGAAGGAAGUUAGAAACUGCAUCCAUCAUUGAAUGUAGUGCUUUCAAUGAAUGAUUUAGGACAUAUUGGAUUGAGUGUUUAAAGUGCAAAAACUCAAAAGAUUGAUAAAUAGUAUCAAACUUCAACACUUACACCAUAAAUAUAAAAAAUUAUGAAUGUUAACUAAUAAUAUUCAGCUAAAUUACCUAAUGCUCCAAUAACUCCAAUAACUUCAUAAAAAGCAAAGAAAGUCUUUAAUUUUCGAGAUUUUCAAGAACAUUAAGUUGCUUAAAUAAUAGAGGAAUAAGAGGAUACAAAAUUUUUAUAAGAGAUUGUUACGUAUAGAAAAUAAUUUAAUUAUUUAGAAAAACCUAAUAGAAUCCAUAAUAAACUCAAUAGUAAAUAAUUGCAAGUUAACCUGAAAGAGUGAUAGGAUAUUUAAAAUUCUAUAAUGAAAGUAAAUAAUAUGGAUUUUUUUUGGAUGAUAAAAAUAAGAAAGACAUAUUUGUUCAUUAAGAUGAUUUUAAAAAGUCUUGUGUAGAUCCAGAGUGUUAUGAAAAAAAGAGGAAAGGAUUAGUUCCUUAUUUUAGUUAUCAAGUUAUCAUUUAUUAGGGAAAGAAGUAAUAAAAUGUAAAAGCUAUUGAUAUUAAAUUUGAAAGAUAUGAUUAAUAAAAAUGA